AUGUUUGUUGUCGAAUUAAGUAAGACAAGUUUAGUGAUUAUAAUUUCCAUAGUCAUUUUUGGCUUAGAAACAUUAAUUAAUUAUUUGCAUCAAUUUAAAUUCCAAGAUAAUAUUCAUAAUGACAAUAAUAACAACCAUAAUCUGUUUAUACAUCACAAUAGCAAACAAAUUAUUGUGUUUGGGAUAUUUUACAUUCUUAUCAAUCUGAUUGGAAUUUAUUUACAUUCAUGCCAAGAUAAUACUCUAAUUCCAUCUACCAAUGAAGGGACACUUUUAGCUUCCAAAAUUGGAAAAGAUUUCGAUUUUGAUGAUUUUAAUGGAUUAUUAUUAAUAUUUUUUUCAAUAUUUUCAUAUACUGUUUUAAAUAUUCUCCAAAAACGGUUGUUUACCAUUAAUUAUUCAAAUUUAAGACAUUUUUUCGUUGAGACAAGAAGACUUGAUUUUAAUAGUAUUCUAAAAUUAUAUUAUAAAUAUGAAGCUAAUAUUAUCAAGUUAACAUUUCUCAUCGACUUAUAUCUACUGAUUGUACCAUUUUUUAUUCUAAAACUUUCUAUUUGCAAGAAUUGUAUCAUUAUACCAACAUUAUUAUCAAUUUUAUUAAUCAGCUAUAAUUUUAUUGAAAUAAUAAAUUCAUCUGUGGAAAAUGGGAAUUUGAUUUAUAUAACCUUGAAUAUUGUUUCAAUAAUAGUUCAUAAGGCGUUUACAAUUUUGAUUUCUAACAAAAAUAUUGAAUCCGUAAAUUAUACCCCCAUCUCAUUAAAGAUUCCAUUAUUUUUAGAAUUAAUUUUCUUCAUUUAUAUAUAUACAACAGAAAAUUCUAUUCGUGAUUCAAAUUUGAAUAGACAGAAAUUAACAAAAACGAGAUUGGGCAAGAAAACAAGCUGUAAUCGGUAUAAUAUGUUUUCAUUCAAUAAAUAUAGAUAUGAACGAAAUAGAUAUUUGAAUUUCGAACAUGGGAAAUUUUUCAGAUCAUAUUCUAUUUGA